AUGAAUAAAAGAUUGAGGAUCUCAGUUUUCAUUUUGAAAGUGACCUACAAACAGGAAAAUGAAGUUGUACCACAGUUGUUUGUUGACUGCUGCCAUGCUUCUAUCAGUGUUGAACAUGCCCAUUCGACCGAUGAACAAAAGGAGAAGAUUCCUGAUAACAUCCUGAACGCUCAGAACCUACAAGAAGGUUUGUCGACUGCGGAAGAGAGAUCGAUACUGUCGAGCAUUGAUGAUAUGUUCAAUUUUUUGAGGAAUCCUUUGAAGAACGCGAAAAAGAAAGAGGCAAAAAGGGAUAAAGAAUGGGCAGAAGAAGCGAAAAAAAGACACAGUUUGGCCCUUGAAGACGAAAAUCCGUCUCAACCUUUUCUUAAAACUCUGAUUGACUUCAAGAAUGUAUUGACAGAAGUACGCAGCCAUGACAAGAAAAUAAUAAAGCUGGAGAAUGAAAUCGCCCACCUUGACAACAGCAAAGAGUACAAUGGAAAACGUCGUGAUUUGUUUUUGGAAUCGCUAGAUCACGACGGCCUCAGUCCUGAUGAGAUUCAGCAAAAGCUGAAUAAAAUUGAAAUCAGUCUCAAUAAAAUCAAAUCGAAAUACGAAGAGGAGAAGGAUGUUAUAAAUGCUACAUUUAUACAAAAGAUGAAAGAGCACGACAAUUACUACAAAAAUGCUCUGGUUCGAGUGAAAAAACUCCAAGAACUCCACACAAUGUCUAAACGUCGUGUGAAACCUCUCGACGAUUCCAAUAUGAUUGCUUAG